AAGGCAGCGUCUCGGCUCAGCUGACACUUGGGGAGCGGUUUUUGCUGCAUUUAAGCUCGAAAAAAUGUCUGCGUUCGUUGCUGCCAUCUUUUUGCUUGGCCUGUGCCUGGCAAACGCCGUCAACUUCACAACCGUCUACGAGUGGGACGAAUUCGAUUUCGUCUGGCCAUCGGGAGCGGACAGUUCAACUGGAAAGAUUAAAGAUAAAUACAGGCCGGAAAAUGUUUAUCCUAAAUACAUGGCUGUUUUUGGACAAAGGCUGUUUCUUAGCCUUAAUAUGGAAUCAGGAAUUCCCGCCACACUGGUGUGGCUGCCAACGAGCAGCAAAUCGACUGCACCUCCGAAGCUUGCUCCUUUUCCAUCCUGGCAUUUACAUGAAAAAGACAACUGCGAGAAUAUUAAAGAGGCCAAAGGAAUGGAAACUGACACUGAUGGCCGGUUGUGGGUGCUCGAUGAAGGUAGCAGAAAUUGUCCAGGCAAAAUUUGGAUAUUCAACCUGGUCAACAACGACACAAUCGAGCGCGUUCACCACUUCCCGGACUCAGUCGUCUCUCAUUCAUAUGAUAAAAGGUGGCUGCACGAUAUCGUGAUCGACAAAACGCAAGACGAUUAUCUUGCGUACAUCACGGACUCAAGAUCUGAGCGCAUCGUUAUUUAUAGCCGUAUAACGGAUAAAUCCUGGACAGCUAUAACACCAGUAGCAGGCAGAAAAUGGAUUUCCUUGGCCCUCUCUUCUAACAAGGAAGCGAGGCAGUUGUACCUUGGAAGAUAUGAUUCCAAAGAACUGUACUCGGUGUCUGUGUCUGAGCUGAAGAAUGAAGGCGGAAGCGCUGCUGUCAAAUUCAUCGGCGAGUGGAAUGGAAACCCGUACAGAAUGUUAAUCGACAGUUCCAACGUCUUGUUUGCUGCCUUUUUACGGGAGAAUUACCUCUCCAAAUGGAAUAUAUUGGUGCCCUUUAUUCGUGAACAGCGAUUUCACGAGGUCGGAAAUCUGGAUGCUGCUUGGCCAUUUACUUUUGCUUUGGACACGAACGGAACAAUAUGGAUGGUGGAGCGAAAGGAAACUAGGAGUGGGAAUAGUUAUAAACUUCUCAAUACUGCAGUCGGCGCGAAAUCGAAAUUAUUCAGCACAUCCACAGUUUCAACGACCCUUGAUGAGACCUCAGGACAGCAGGAAAUCACAGAAUCAUCCACAUCAUCCCUUCGUAAAGAAUCCACCCCUCCUCCCUCUUUAAAAACUGGAGAAGCGCAGAGUCUACUCGGAGUCUUCUUUAUCAAUCUGAGUCCCCAGAGUAAAUUUAUUGGGAAGACGCAGCCCCGCCCACAAAGCUCUAUCUCUCUUCCGUUCCUGAUCCUUUUGCAGACGUGUCGUUGCGUGGCUGACCCUGAAAAUGGGAAGAAUGCAAGCCUCUUUCAGGCACAUUUCGAUGGAUAAUCGUCCGGAAAUGUCCUUUUUCCAGAAUAGAGAGGGGAACCGGGACGGGUUUUUGGUCCCGUCCCAAAAAAAUAAUCCCGUCCCGUUCCAUUUUUUCUCUCGGGUUCGUCCCUGUCUCUGUUAGCUCUUAACCUUGUCCCUGUUUAGUCCCCCCUCGAGCCCUUUCCUGAUCCGUAAUUUUCAAAUUUCUACUUUACUUUUAAAAUUAGCUAUUUUUGCAGGGUUCGCCAAAUUUGCAAUGCGCAAAAAUGCACCACUGGUUUUUUGCGCCAAAAACCAGCUGGAAAAACCCACCAGUCUCGGGUUUUUCCGCAUUUUCCGAAUUUAACCCGAAAAUAGUCAAUUCUCGCUUGAAAAGAGUCUGAAAUUUCAGAAAAUUAUGCAGAGAGUUAAAAUUUUUAGUCUCUUGGUGGAACCAGUCGCGGUAAUACUGAUUUUGGGGAUUUUGAAAAAUCCCUAUUUUUGGUCAUCCAUCAUGAGAAUUUUUUAUUUUCCAUAAAAACACAUGUGCUUCGAAAAAAAUGCGCAAAAUCGCGGAAAAACCUGCGAAAAAGCAGAUUUUUUGCUGAGAAUCUUAAGGCUUUUAAUGCUGCAAUUGCUGCCGAAAAAACUGUCCCUCGUCCGAUUGUCCCUGUCCCGAAAUACAAAAUUCGUCCCUCAGGGACGGGACGGGAAUCCCCCAAUCCCUGUCCCUGUUCCCCUCUCUAGCCAGGAAACACAAACAGUUUUCCGAUAUAAAAUUAAGUGUGUUGCUUUUUAAUUGUGGGUUAAUUAAAAAACCUACAGAUGAUCAUAACUCUCUAUUGCUUAACAGAAUAAUCUUUUAUUUGUAGGAAUUUUUCUAGUUAAAUAAAAAUAUAUAUUGCAAUA